UUGGUGGACAUGAGUAGUUGUAGCUCCACUCCCUCUCAGGUAGUUGUCUCAACAACCCACAAUUCAUGCCUUUAAUUGUUUGGGUACUUAGCACUUACUUUCUUUUUGGAGUUUCCCAAAGGACAGAGACUCUUUAAUGUGGCAUAAGUCUUAGCAAGAAAUUCAGUAGCAGAUUCUUUAGAGCAGCUUUUGCAGAUAAGUUGAUAAUAAGGCAUCUAACACUGAGGACACUGAGGUUAUGUCCUUUGUAUUUUUUAUGGGAAACUGAGGGCUUAAGAAUCCUUCCUUCGAGCUGGGUCCACCUUGUAUCACCUACACUCGACAGGAGCUUCUUCAGCUGAGGCCUCCUGCACCAGAUGGACUGGAUCUCGAUGUCGACUUGUCGGAGAUCAGGAGCAAGACUAGAGAGAGGAAGAGAGGCCGCAGAGGAGGGGUCCGGGCCAGGAACAAUCGGUGGGGGUACAAACCCGUGCUGCCCUCUGUUAUUAUGGGGAAUGUGCGCUCCUUGGUUAAUAGGGCGGAUGAGUUGACAGGGUACUUGAAGUGUGAUCGCCUAUACCGACAAAGCAGCCUACUGUGUUUUACGGAGAUUUGGCUGUCUGACAGGAUACCAGAGUCUCAUGUGAAAAUGGAAUGUUUUUCACUACACAGGAUGGACAGAGACCCAGCUAGGACCGGCAAAAAACAGGGUGGAGGUGUUUGCCUUUACAUUAAUGAUCGGUGGUGUCAUCCUGGUCAUGUUACGGUGAAGGAGAGAGUAUGUGACGCGAACAUUGAGCUGCUUGUGGUCUCAAGACAACAAUGGAGAAAAUAACUACUGCUCCUUUCCAUCAUAUCAAUACAACAAAUGUAUCUCAUGCAAAUGGCUCUUUGUAUGACGACGACGAGUAUGAUAAGUAUGCAGAGCUGAAAUACUCUGUCCGCAUCAUAUCCUUCGUUGUUUACUGUCUGGCCUUUGUCCUUGGUGUGCUCGGGAAUGGAGUGGUUAUCUGGGUGACCGGGUUCAAGAUGAAGAAAACCGUUAACACAGUUUGGUUCCUCAACCUGGCUGUGGCCGACUUCCUCUUCACAGCGUUCCUGCCCCUGAGUGUGACCUACAUGGCUUUUGAUAAACAAUGGGCUUUUAAAAAGUUCAUGUACAAAAUUGUUUUCCCUUUAAUUGUCCUGAACGUGUUUGCCAGUGUCUACAUUCUGGUGGUGAUCAGUGUGGACAGAUGUGUGUCUGUGGUGUGGCCCGUCUGGGCCCGGAACCACAGAAGUGUACGCAAGGCGUCCUGUGUGAGUCUGGGUGUUUGGGUACUGGCUCUGAUUUCCAGCAUUCCAUUCUUCAUCAACAGAAACACUGAGCUUUUUUUUGAGGACUUGGCCAUGGACAUCACCCUCCUCCUCCUGGGAUUUGUUGUCCCCUUCACUGUCAUUGUCUCCUGUUAUGCUGUGAUAAUCCAUCGUAUCAGAAGAAACCGCACCUUGGCCAGCCAGUUAAGUCGCCCCUUUAAGAUCAUCGCCGCAGUUAUCACCACUUUUUUCCUGUGCUGGGCUCCCUUUCACAUCAUUCAUUUAAUUGACAUGGUCAAUUUCACGCUUAAUAAUCGUACAUUACGUCUUGUCUUCACUAUUGGUGAUCCUAUAGCAACCAGCCUGGCCUUUCUCAACAGUGGCUUGAACCCACUGCUGUAUGUGUUCAUGGGACAAGAUUUCAAAGACAGAGUUCGAAAAUCCAUCCUGAAUGUUUUGGAGAAUGCCUUCCAGGAGGAGGUUUCUCACUCUCACACCUACAAAACGUCUACGGUCAUCAGCAGAAGCAAAGAUAAGUCAGUUAGUGACACUGUGGUAUGAAGUUAUCCAUGAUAUGAAGAAACAAAUACUGUAACUGUAAAUGAUUUCCACACCUGUAAAUGUAAAGAACAGAUCUACCUACAUGGUUACUAUGAGCUAAUUAUGUUCCUGAGGUUUUCCAUUAUUUCUUAACGCUUAGACAACACACAGUUAAACCACAGGAAAGGAAUGGCCUGCUAAUUCUUUGUAUGACUGUGGUUAUGAAUAUUGUCAUAUGUAUGAACCUGUCUAUCAAAGCUUGAUUCUAAUGUAUUUCAUUUUAGUUUUAUUUGAAACUUGUUUUUACUCUUCAAUGAAUCUGUAAAUGAUAAUAAUGCAAUCCUUAUUUUCCAUUAUUAAAAUAUUAUUUGG